CGCAGCCUUCUCCUUCGCGUUCCCAGGGAAGCUCUCAGUGCUUCGUCCCAGGUAAGGAAGAUGGCCGUCCCGUUGCUAAACAAGAAGAUUGUGAAGAAGCGUGUCAAGAAGUUCAAGAGGCCGCAGAGUGACAGAUAUGUCUCUGUGAAGGAAAACUGGAGGAGGCCCAAGGGUAUUGAUUCUCGGGUGCGAAGAAAGUUCAAAGGAAGCACUCUCAUGCCAAACAUUGGCUACGGUUCCGACAAGAAGACCCGAUUUUUUCUGCCCAACGGGUUCAAGAAGUUUGUUGUGCACAACGUUCAGGAUCUGGAACUUUUGAUGAUGCACAACAGGACUUACUGUGCUGAGAUAGCCCACAAUGUCUCUACCAUGAAGAGGAAGGAAAUUGUCGAACGUGCUGCCCAAUUGGAUGUUGUGGUGACCAACAAAUUGGCGAGGCUUCGUAGCCAGGAAGACGAGUGAUCAACUCUUAUGUUGCACUUUCCGUUAUUGUUAUGUUUUAUUUUUGGCUCUGCCUUUCUCAAUGACCUUAAUGCAUGUCUUUUUGGUUUUAAACAUUUUGUUCCCUUCCUCAUAUACGGAGUACUUUUAGGCACUUUGCCAGGCUUAUGUAUUGCUAAGUUUGCUAUCUUCUGUUUUUUUAAGUACUCUAUUUGUUUGCUCACAUCUCUUGUGUUGCCUUUUUAGUCCACACUUCCUAAAAAAUUAUGCAGUCUAAUUUUUUAAAGGUUUUUAGGUAAACUGUUAGAACUACUUUUAAGAAAACUUGUGGUAGUAA